UGCUUUUUUUACUCUUGCCAAAAUCAAAUCUCAAAAGUCGUGGAAAAGGCUCCCUUCAUUUCUGGUUUGUUAGUUAUUCACUUUCAAUCCUGUGCAUCGACAGCAGCAACAUGCCUACUCGCUGCGAAAUUUUAUGUGAACUCUUGAUCGCGAUUAUCCUCCCUCCUGUUGGAGUUUGCUUCAGGCACGGUUGUUGCAGCGCUGAGUUCUGGAUCUGUGUGCUGUUGACUAUCCUGGGUUAUAUUCCUGGGAUUAUCUAUGCUCUCUACGCUAUUGUUUUCGUGGAUCGCGAUGAGUACUUCGACGAGUACAGGCGUCCACUUUAUUACUCUGCUUAGUUCUCUUUCAAUUAUCUCUCUUUUGAUGUAAAGUGAUGAGAAUCAAUUAUCUCACUUUUGUGUUUGAUUUGACUUUGGAUUUGUGUAUUUCUACUCUUUAUUAUUGUUCUUGAUAUUGUGCUGUUUUAAUGUAUCUUUGAUCU